UAGUGUAGCAAAAAACACUAAAUUUUAAGUGUGCAGAGUUCGUUUUUGUGAAAACUGUAAAGACAGUCUAUGUGAUUUAAACUUCGUGACAACAAUCGCGAAGAUGUCAAAAAUCCUGCUCGGAUUUGGUGCCCUAGUGGUAGUCUACAUAGCAUGGUCGGCCUUCUCUAGUGAAUCUCCUAAACGUCUAGAAAUAGAUCAAAAUGAAUGGUGGGGGCCAAACGAACUCAGAGGCAAAGAGGACAACAGUAUAAAACCUUUUAAAGUACAGUUUACUGAUGAGAUGAUAAAAGACCUUAGAAACCGACUAAAGAAUCAUCGACCGCUUACCCCACCUCUAGAAGGUAUAGCCUUCGAAUAUGGAUUCAAUUCUAAAGCAAUAGAACCCUGGAUUAAAUAUUGGGCUGAGGAAUAUCCAUUCAAAGAACGGGAAGCAUUCUUAAACAAAUUCCCGCAGUACAAGACUAAUAUCCAGGGUCUGGAUAUACACUUUAUUAGGGUCAAACCACAGGUCCCAGCAGGAGUUGAAAUAGUCCCACUAUUAAUAUUGCACGGCUGGCCGGGAUCCGUGAGGGAGUUCUAUGAAGCUAUACCUUUGCUGACUAAACAACAACCAGGUUACAACUUUGCGUUUGAAGUUAUAGCUCCUAGUCUUCCUGGUUUUGGAUUUUCACAGGGUGCAGUACGUCCUGGUUUAGCGCCGCCGCAAGUGUCCGUGAUCUUCAGAAAUCUCAUGCAGAGGCUUGGCUUCAAGAAGUUCUACUUACAAGGUGGUGAUUGGGGUUCGGUUAUAGCUGCUUCUCUGGUUACAUUGUUCCCGGAAGAAGUUCUCGGUCACCAUACCAACAUGCCAGUGGUUCAAAAUAAACAGGCUACGUUUAAGACGAUUCUGGGCGCUUACAUUCCAUCUCUUGUGGUAGAGAGUCAUCUGGCAGACAGAAUGUGACCUUGUGCUGCUUACCUAAUGUUCUCAGGACUCAUAAAGAUAUUUUUGGUUCCAGGUGUGGCAUUAACGGAUUCCCCAUCCGGUCUUCUGGCUUACAUCCUGGAGAAGUUCUCAGUAUGGACUCGUCGUGAUCACCGCCACAAGGCAGACGGUGGCCUUGAGUUCCGCUUCACCAAAGCGCAGCUGAUCGACAAUCUUAUGAUGUACUGGACCUCGAACUCUAUCACCACCUCCAUGAGAUUGUACUCUGAGGAGAUGAGCAGGAAGAACCAACAGCUGGAAAUUGGAGAAUAUCCAAGCCCAGUACCGACUUGGGCACUACAAGCUAAAUACGAAGCUAUGUAUCAACCCCCUGGUAUCCUAAAGCUUAAAUUCCCUAAUCUUCUGGGCACAACGGUGACGGAAGAUGGUGGGCACUUCUUCGCCUUGGAACUGCCUCAAGUUUUCGUUAAUGAUGUCUUUAAAGCUGUCAACGAGUUCAGGAAUUGGCAUAAGAAGACUGCAAAUACAGAGUUAUGAAAUGUAUAGAAAUGCUUUAAUUACAUUCUUUAAUUUAUUUCUAAGGAAUAAAAACGAUUAAAAAGAA